CCGUCAGCCAUCUGCUGCAGUCAGUUAGCUCCAAAGGGAAUGGAAAAUGGAGGACUGACCCAUGAAAGAGCGAGGGGACAUUAUCCGUAUUUAUAACGCAUGGGUUCUCUAACCUCAUACUAAUUCUGAUGAUUUGGGAUUUAUGUGAAGCUUUUUUGUUUGAAGAACUGCUUUGUUAGACAUCUGCUGAACUGCAGACAUUAAUUUUGAAAAUAGUGACUCCAUCAUCUAUGGAUGGGAAUGUGAGCCCUGAGCUCUCUCUAGCCCCUGAGCCAGAGCAGAGCCGGGACCGCAUGGAUAGCUGCUCUCAAGGCGUUGGAAAAGGACGUAGUGAGAAGGAGGAACAGUUUCACCUUGAAAGUGAGAAUGUGGCAAAACAGUUGGUAGGGGAGCAAGAUAAAUCUUCAAAGGCCAAGAGCGAGCUAAAGAAGACUUGGGGUUUCCGUCGGUCCACCAUUGCAAAGAGAGAGAUGCCAGUGGAAGCGGUAACCGACAGCCCUGAAACCCGCUGUCCUGUGCGCCGUAGUGGCCGACAGCCUAAACGUACUGACAAACUAGAGGAAUUCCUCUUGAAUGCCAAAAGAGCGUCAAGAAAGAGCGCACCUCCCAGUGUGGAAAGUGGAGAUCCUCCUUCACAAACCCCAACUGAUGCAGAGACGGCCUCAGAGGCCAGCUUUGAUGGUAAUGCUGAUUCCAAGGCCGUUGAGGAAAAAGCAGAGACUCCUGAGAGAAGGACAAGGAGUGGUGCAAGGAAGCAGACUCAAAGGAAAGGUCGAGGUGGUGGCAGACAGACCCGAGGUGGUGGAGCGACGGUGAAAGAUGAGGGAAGCUCUGAGAAUGAAGAAGACAGUAAAGAUGCUGUCAAGAAUGCACAGGAUGACAGUGAGGAGAAAAAAGAAGAAAAGAGUGAUCCCAUUUCUGAAGCUGUAGGGAGUGUCAGUGCAGCACAGACUCAGCCAGAGGAGGACUCUGAGAAGAAGGAGUUUGCUGAGGAGAAGAAUGACGAUAAAAAUGAUGAACUUGAGAAGACUGGCGAGGAUGAGGCAGACAAGGCUGCAGCAGUGCAGGGAAAACGUGGACCAAUAAGGACAUAUGUCAAUAAAAAGAAGGCAGCUAAUAAGAACAUUACACCUGUUAAAGCUGCUGACAACAAGAACAAUGCUCUUGUAAAGAAGGAAGCAAAGCCUAAAGCUACCCAGAGUGGUGUAAAAACACGGAAACCCCAGACACAGGAGGAGGAGGAAGAGGGGGAGGAGGAAGAAGAAGAAGAUGAUGAUGAUGAAGAUGAUGAGGAUGAGAAUGACUUAUCCACAUCGUCCUCUUCAGUGGAGUCUGAUGAUGGAGGCUAUGACCCCAAUGCACUUUACUGCAUCUGUCGUCAAAAACAUAACAAAAGGUUUAUGAUCUGCUGUGACCGCUGUGAAGAGUGGUUUCAUGGGGACUGUGUGGGAAUCACUGAGGCCCGUGGACGGCUGAUGGAGAGAAAUGGGGAAGACUACAUCUGCCCAAACUGCACCGCUAAGAAAAACCAGGUGGUCAGGCCUGCAACUUCUAUUCUUUCUACAAAUAUGGAAAUUGGGAAGCCCAAAGCUGAUUUUGCUUCACCGACCAAUGCUUCCACUCCUCCUGUUGUUACCUCGUCUACAAGUGCUGUUAAAGGUAAUAAUGCCGGAGGGGACUCCAGUCCGUCAGCUGUUCGAGCAGCAGCUUCAUCUGCACAAACUACUGGUACUGAUGAGAAAGCAACAGAGGACCUGGGUAUCAAAGGAAGGAUAGAGAAGGCUACUAAUCCAACGGGAAAAAAGAAGAUAAAAAUCUUUCAGCCGGCAGUACAGCAACCAGCUGAACCAAAGGCAGAGAAGGCCACACCACCUGUUGAGAAGAAGGCAACAGAAGGCACACCAGAAGUCAGAGCCCCACCAGACACAGAACAGAAAGUCGCAUCACACGUGGAGGUGAAAACGACCCCAACAGUGGCGGUUCCCGAGGACAAGGCUGAGCAAAAGGCUGAUGAGGAGUCUUCCCUCUCAAGAUGUAUUGGACCUGGCUGUGAAAAUGAUGCCCAACCUGACUCUGUGUACUGUGGAAAUGACUGUAUCCUGAGACAUGCUGCUGCUGCGAUGAAGUCCAUCACUGAUGUCAAAGAGCCCAAGCAAAAGGAUAAGGCCAAGGCUCAGAAAAAGUCCACACUAAAGGGGACCGGUGCCGCUGGGAAGAAGGUGCAGAAGAAGACCCAGGAGGAGUCGGAUAGCGAAGACCACAGUCCUGAUCCAGAUGAUGACGACGAAGAUGAGCAUGCUGAGGAACACCCACCUCCGCCAGCCACUGCAUCCUGGUCCAGCGACCAUAAUUACAUUGCAGUAACACCAGAAAAGACUACACCCAUAUCACCAACAGUGUUAAACAAAAAGUCCCCAACUAAAGAAGAGAAGCACAGUGAGAAGGACCAUAAGGAAAAGGAACCAGCCCCAGCUCCUGAGAAAUCCUCUUCAGCAUCUGCGGCAGCUGGAAAAGGAAACAAGAAGUCCACAGCAACAAAACCAACCAAGGUUUCCCCAAAGGGAAAGAAACCUCCAGUUCAAGCUGCCAGUUCAAAGGGAUCCAAGAAGCCUGUGACACCCCCAGCUAAAACUGCAACAAAGUCCAAAAAGGCCGGCCAGCCACCUGUCCACUCCCCAUCUCCCUUUCCUUCAGGCCCGAUCCACGUCACAGGAGCACUGAGAGUCACCAAGUCUAACUUCACCAUUCCCAAGAAGCAACCUCAGCAAAAGGACACUAGUCCCCACAGACAGUCGUCCUCAUCCCCUAGAGUCCCAUCAUCCCCAGUUUCCUCCUCUCCCUCCAGCCACUCUUCAUCCUCCAGACCUCCACAUUCAGCUGUUUCAGCACCACCUGUUUCCCCUAUGGCGCCUCCACCCAACAACCAGAUGAGACAGAACAUCCGGCGGUCUUUGACAGACAUCCUUUAUAAAAGGGUGUGCGACAGUGAUGAUCUGAAAAUGACAGAGAGCGAGGUGGGGCGACUGGCAUUUGCUAUUGAAAAGGAGAUGUUUAACCUGUGUCUUAGCACCGACAGCAAAUACAAAAACAAAUACAGGUCCCUCAUGUUCAAUCUGAAGGACCCUAAAAACAAAGGCUUGUUCUACCGAGUGGUGGGAGGUGAGGUCAGUCCCUUUAGACUGGUCAGACUAAGUGCUGAAGAGCUGCUUUCAAAGGAGAUAUCUGAGUGGAGGAAGCCUGAGGCUCCUGAGCCUCAGUCUCCUAGUGCAAAAGCCCAUUCAGGGCAGUCCAAACCAGGCAACAGGCAUGAUGGUGGCUCCCAUAGCGUCGAUGUGGAGGAUGCUCCACCAACAUCUGAUGCAGAUGUAUGUAUCUCUGCCACCACUUCAUCUUCUCGCAUGGCUUCUUCUACAGAUCAGGAGGAAUCUGGUUCCACCCCUUCAGCUUCAGCUCAGGCAUCUGCUGCUGAGGGGAACAGUGGCAGCAGCAUGCCAGACAUUUUUAGUAGCAUGCUCAAAGACACUACUUCUGAACACAGGGCUCAUCUGUUUGACCUCAACUGCAAAAUAUGUACAGGCCAAAAGACAGAAGAUGAGCCUGCUGCUAAAAAAGCCAGACUCACCAAGAAGCCUGAAACAAAGCCACCCAGACAAGAGUCAUUCUCAUCCAGAUCAGGGGAUGUCUCACCUGUCAGCCAGCCACAGGCCGGCAUAGCCACCUACCAAGAUCCUUCAUUGUACCAACACCCGGCCUCUUCAUCCUACCAGUCCACCGUAGAGCCAGCAGUUCCAGAAUCACAGCCACAGCUCUAUCAGGAGGAUGGCACCAUGAUGGCACCUGCAGCACAGGCCCCUGUACCCGUCACCCCCACUGUCUCCUCUGUCAGUAUCACCCGCAGGGACCCUCGCAUGGCCAGGCACAGCACCGGGGUGAGCGUCACUUACAUGGCCCCAGAAAAGCCUGCCAGCAAUGCAGCAGACCCACUCCCAGCUCCUGUUACUGCUCCAGUUGAGGUUUUACCUAAGGCACCACUACCGAUGCCCCCUGCGCCACCACCUUCAGUCGCUGCGCCCAAACCUUCAAAAACAAGUGGAUCUGAGCCGCCUCCUGAGGGGGAAACUGCAAUAUUUCUCCAUGGUCAAGAGAAGAUUUGGAAAGGAUUUAUCAACAUGCAGUCAGUAGCAAAGUUUGUAACCAAGGCUUACCUGGUCUCGGGAUCAUUUGAACACCUGAAAGAGGAUUUGCCAGACACCAUUCAUGUUGGAGGUCGGAUUUCUCCAACCACAGUUUGGGACUAUGUUGGGAAGCUAAAAACCUCCCUCUCCAAGGAGCUGUGUCUGAUCCGUUUCCAUCCAGCCACAGAGGAGGAAGAGGUGGCAUACGUCUCUCUUUUCUCAUACUUUAGCAGCAGAAAACGAUUUGGUGUGGUAGCUAACAACAACCGCCGCAUCAAAGACCUCUAUCUCAUCCCCCUGGGCUCAAAGGACCCAUUACCCUCCAAACUGUUGCCAUUUGACGGGCCAGGUCUUGAACCAGCUCGUCCCAACCUGCUCCUUGGCCUGCUGAUCUGCCAGAAGGAUAGAAAACGUCCUGGUGCUCCGUUAGAAAGUGAAGAGAAACGGUCCAAGACUCAAACCAAAGAUGCAGAGGAAACCGGCCUUCCAAAGCCACCUCCUGUAGUCAAAGCAGAAAAGAACACACGGCAAAGUCUUGAAAUCCCCUUCAGCACAACUCCUCCAGGAUCACCUCCAUCUAGCUCCUCCGAGGCUUCCACCACCUCUGUUCUGUCCCUGUUAUCUUCCAUCAAGGCUCCAUCCACAUCCGCUACCACUGACAAGGACUCCGUUUCUUCAUCCAACUCUGUUUCUUCAUCCGCAGCAGCUGCCACUCCUCUUGAGACCAUUCUCAAGACUCUUUUUGGGAAGAAAAAACAUGACUCUGAAGCUUCCAACUCACCGUCUGAUCAGGGUGGGGAAUUCGCUGCCCCAACAGGUACAAUGUUAGACCCUAUAGUUCAGAAAUUUGCACAGAUUUCUAAAGAAAAAGCAGUAGAGGAGGAUGAAGAUGACCGACCUUAUGACCCAGAAGAAGAAUAUGACCCCAGUAGAGCCUACAAUGUGCCGAAGAAGCCCAUGGAGGUGGUAACCAAACCUGAAGUCACUAAGCAACCUAAGGUGGAAACAAGUGAAGCUGAUGAUGUUGCAUAUGACCCAGAGGAUGACUCUAUUUUCGAAGAGGUUAAAACUUUAGUUCCAGGUCAAGCUAAGCCUGCAACUGAGUCUGCAGCCGAUCCCCAAAAGAUUCUUGAGAGCCUUAAACACAUUGGUGAUCAAGCAUUACAGAAACAAGGAGAACAGCAAAUGUCCUCUACAAGCACUCCUAUUGCCUCAGUGACACUUGCAAGCACACUCUUAACUCAACCUACAAAAUCUCUUUUGGCCAAUUGUCAGUUGCUACAGCUUGGCAAAAAGGUUGAGGAGCUUGUGAAAUCUUCAUCUGUUGCUCCUUUAAUCAAUCAGAGGAGAGAUCCCAGACAAAGCAGGGAUCCUCGCCAGUCUACAGGCAGCAGAAAACUGUCUGAUGAACCUGAGGACAAAGAGGAGACACCUGCUCCAGCGACCGAUCCUGUUCCUCCAGCCUCACAGCCUGAGGUGCAAGAGCUGCAGUCGCCUAAAACAGGCGAACCUGCAGACUCGUCACAAGAUUCAGACCCCUCACUGCAUCAAGAGGAAGUGAAAAGUGAGGCGCUAGUUUUCAUGGAAUCGGACAAGGCAGAGGUUUCAAUUCCUUUAUUAGGCGAAAAGGUGGAACCUGAUAUGGAAGUCAGCUACACAGAUGAGAAAGAAGAGAAAAAAGAGGAAAGCGAACCAGUUAAGUCUGAAACAGAGAUGGACAAGUUCAGUAUGUGGCCAAAUGCAGCCAGUAUUUUAAAAGCUGAGGAUUCAGAGUAUGAGGAGAAUAGCCAAGAGACAUCUACAGCAAGCUAUUACAGUGAGCCUGCAAAAACAUCCACAAUAACUUCGACAAUCCCAGUACUCACUCAGAGCACAGCAGCAGCUGACACUCAGUCACAUCACAUGCUGCAUCACAUGACAGGGUCAGACUUCAACAGUGAGUACAAACCUCCAGCUGACAUUCCUCCACAAUCCAACUUCUCCCUUCCCCGUUCCAUGCAGGGCCAAAAUCUAAUAAUGAGGCCGCCUCCAGUGCCUGUGCUACCACCCAUGCAGGCCAUGCAAGGUCCUCCAAUGUCAGGCCCCCUUCCUAUUCAGGGACCCCCUCCUCCAAUCCAUGUUCCUCCCCCUGUGCACAGUCAUCCCCCAAUGCAAGGUGACAGCAGUCAGCAGUAUGGCCCACCACCAUCUUCAUACCCUCCCUAUCAAAACCAGUGGUCAAGCACGCAGCCACCACCUCAACAGCCACCACCUGGUCCGCCACCUCAGAAUAUCAUGCCACCCAGAGGCCCACCGCCACCAUUCCCUCCAGUAGCCCAGAGGGGCCCACCUCCUCAGAUAUUUGAUCCCUCCAUUCCCCCUCAGCACAUUGGACAACCAGGUCCUCCUCCAGGACUUCCCCUUCCCCCCACCUUCGAUGGACAGAACAGCUUAGCUCCGCCCAGAUUCACUAGUCCUCCCCCACCACCUUUUAAUUUCCCUGGAAACAGAGGUCCUCCUCUGCCUUUCACCGCUCCGCCACCUGGUCACUUUGAUAACAGGCUUCCUCCUCCAAAUCUCUUUCCAGGGCAUAGGGGUCCCCCACCACCUCAGUAUGGUGACCAUGGGGCUCAACCAACAAUAGUAGACCAGGCUCGAGGAUCUGCAGAACAGUAUAACAAAGAUGCUGUUAAUAAUCCCAAUCAGGGCCCUCCACCAGGUCCAAGCUACCGGGGACCUCCACAUAACCAGUAUGAGGACAGACGAGGUCAGCCUCCCAGUGGGGAGCACUUCAAUCCACAAAUCCAGUAUGGGGGCUCCAGACCUCCAUCUUCACCACCACACCGAGGAUUUUUUGAUGAGCACAGAGGUCCUCCAUCUCAGGAGACCAGACCUCCGCCUUUUGCAGGCUCUGACCGGUACCGCUUUGACAGGUAUUCUGAUGAGGCUAGACCUGUUCGCCACAGCGGGCCACUGCUGCCAACUCCUCCGGAGGCUCCACUAGGUCCGCCAGACCUACACCGGGACGAUCACUGGCGCCGCCAUUCUCCUGAAAUGAGGAGGAGGAGCAGCACCACCCGUGAGGACUCAGAGCCUCGCAGUGGAGAUCGCUUCAGCCGCUUUGAAGGACAUAGAGAACUCAUUCAUGGUUCCUCACAGGCCCCUGAUGAGAGGCCGAGGGACCUGUCUGAGGACCGCCGGAGAGAGAAAGAGAGAGAUGUCCCUCAUGCUGGCAGGCCCUCAUGGGACAAGGGGCAGGGAAAGCGGUGGAGCCGAGAAAGAGAGUGGGACAGAGGCAGAGAAAGGGACCGGGAUCAUGAGCGUAGCCGAGAAAGAGACCGCAGCAGAGGGAGGGAGGGUGAGAGGCACAGGGAUGCAGAGGUAGAACGACACAGGGAUCAAGAUUCAGACAAGAGGCGAGACCGAGAUAGGGACAGGGAAAGAGACAGAGGUAGGGAAUCUGACAGGAAAGACUUGGACCGAGAUAGGGGGAGAAACCGUGACAGAGAGCGAGAACGAGAGCGUGAGAGAGACAGGAAGCGGGACCGAUCCAGAAGCAGAGAGAGAGACCGUGACAGGGAUCGUGGGAAAGAUCGGGGUAGAGACAGGGACAGAGAUCGAGAUAGGGACAGAGAGAGGGAGAGAGAGAGAGAAAAGGAGAGGGACCGUGACAGAGGCAGAGAUCGUCGGGAAAGAAGCAGAAGCCGAGAUAAGAAAGAAGAGAAAAAGGACAGUAAACACGAUACGUCCAAGGACAGUGAUAAAACCACAGAAAAGAACGUUUCCUAGUCUGUUUUAUUGACAUUAUGGUUCCAAGACUUUUACAUCUUUAAUCACUGUAAAAACAGAAGAGCAGUAUUUCGUCAGAUUUCCACGGUUGUGUUCCUACCAGACAAAAACAUUUAAAUAUGUUUGUAUUCUCUUUGUCACCUAAAGGUUUCCAAGUUUGUUUUAUUGCAUUUGAAAAGCAAAAAACUGAAUGCAAGCUAAACUGCUUGUGGUACAAGACGUAUUAAUGUAGGCUGCACAGUCCUAUUACAUGUACCUUUUUUUUUUUGUCAAAGCAUUUUUCUUUUUAGAAAACAAUAAUGUAACUGAUUCACGCCAUUUGCAAUAUGUAAAUAUGAAUGUAUUUGUGUAUAUAAGGAUGUUUUUAAUCAUACUUUUCUAAGUAGAGAAAAUAAAAGCCAUAUAUCUGAGAUGGAUAAUGUGAAGGCUAAAGAUACACUGAGACAUAAAUGUGUUUAUAUGUUCAACAGAUUUGAAAUAAAAUGACAUCAGCCUUACAGUAUACACCACAAAAAUGGUUGUUUAUGAACUGUCACUUUAUUUUGUUUCAGCUCUACUAAUAAACCUGUUUGAUGGCAUUUGUUUUGGAUGU